GGCAAUUGUUGCUGUAUUGGCUCCUGGGGCAAGAAUCGAUGAAUUUGUGAGGAACUGGACAGAAUCUGUUGAAUAGUGUUGGUACUCAUAUAACUAGAUUCCAAGAACAGGAAAACCUUAAUUGCCUGAACUUGAAAUGUUGGUUUAAUGUAAGAAUGUCUUCCAAGCAGGCCACCUCUCCAUUUGCAUCUGAUGGAGAGGGAACAACAGCCCAGGACUUAGCAUCACAGGAGCAGGAAGAAGGCAACAAUGAAGAGCUUGUCACUUCCCAUCUGCCUCUGCACACCAUAUUGCACAACAAACCUCACUCUGAAGAGCUACCAGCUCUAGUCACUACAAUCCAACAAGACUCAGACUGGAACAGUGUUAUCUCAACUCAGCAUAGGAUGGAGUCAGAAAGUAAUAAGUUAUGUUCCUUAUAUUCCUUCCGAAAUACUUCUACCUCACCACAUAAGCCUGAAGAAGGUGGUCGUGAUCGCAGCGAGCUAAUGGCCAGUGUUAAUUUUGGAACUCCAGAACGCCGCAAAGGAAGUCUUGCCGAUGUGGUGGACACCUUGAAACAGAAGAAACUAGAGGAGAUGACAAGAACUGAACAGGAGGAUUCAUCUUGCAUGGAAAAACUGCUUUCUAAAGACUGGAAGGAAAAAAUGGAAAGAUUAAACACAAGUGAACUCCUUGGAGAAAUAAAAGGUACACCUGAAAGCUUAGCAGAAAAGGAGAGACAGCUCUCCACCAUGAUUACCCAGCUCAUCAGCCUACGGGAGCAGCUUCUGGCUGCCCAUGACGAGCAGAAAAAGCUGGCAGCAUCGCAGAUUGAAAAACAACGGCAGCAAAUGGAUCUCGCUCGCCAACAGCAAGAACAGAUUGCAAGACAACAGCAGCAACUUCUGCAGCAGCAGCACAAAAUCAAUCUCCUGCAGCAGCAAAUUCAGCAGGUUCAGGGUCACAUGCCUCCUCUCAUGAUCCCAAUUUUUCCACAUGACCAGCGGACAUUGGCAGCGGCUGCAGCAGCUCAACAGGGAUUCCUUUUCCCCCCAGGAAUAACUUAUAAGCCCGGUGAUAACUAUCCUGUGCAGUUCAUUCCAUCAACAAUGGCAGCUGCUGCUGCUUCUGGACUCAGCCCUUUACAGCUCCAGCAACUCUAUGCCGCUCAGUUGGCCAGCAUGCAGGUAUCGCCUGGUGCCAAGAUGCCUUCCACGCCUCAGCCACCAAAUACGACGGGGACGCUCUCACCAACCGGGUUGAAAAAUGAAAAGAGAGGGACCAGCCCUAUAACUCAAGUUAAGGAUGAUGCUGCGCAGCCACUGAAUCUCUCAGCUAGACCCAAGACAGCAGAACCGGUCAAAUCCCCGACAUCGCCAACCCAGAGCCUCUUUCCUACAAGUAAAACCAGCCCUGUGAAUGUGGCCAAUAAAAGUGGAAUCCCCAGUCCUAUUGGUGCGACUCUGGGAAGAGGAUCUUCUCUAGACAUCCUUUCCAGUCUUAACUCACCUGCCCUAUUUGGAGACCAGGACACUGUAAUGAAAGCAAUUCAGGAGGCUCGAAAGAUGAGAGAGCAAAUCCAGCGGGAGCAGCAGCAACAGCAGCCGCCGCCACAUAUUGAUGGAAAACUUCCCACCCUGAAUAAUAUGGGUCUAAACAACUGUAGGACUGAAAAGGAAAGAACACGCUUUGAGAAUUUAGGCCCACAGCUAUCAGGGAAACCCAGUGAAGAUGGAAAACUAGGUCCAGGAGUCAUUGAUCUUACAAGGCCAGAAGAUGCAGAGGGAAGUAAAGUAAUGAAUGGCUCUGCAGCUAAACUACAGCAGUAUUAUUGUUGGCCAACAGGAGGUGCCACUGUGGCUGAAGCUCGAGUCUACAGAGAUGCCCGGGGCCGAAGCAGCAGUGAGCCACAUAUCAAACGACCAAUGAAUGCUUUCAUGGUUUGGGCAAAGGAUGAACGCAGGAAAAUUCUUCAAGCUUUUCCUGACAUGCACAACUCCAACAUUAGCAAAAUUCUUGGCUCCCGCUGGAAAUCCAUGUCAAACCAAGAGAAACAACCUUAUUACGAAGAGCAAGCACGAUUAAGUAAAAUCCACCUAGAAAAAUACCCUAAUUACAAAUAUAAACCCCGACCAAAACGCACUUGCAUUGUUGAUGGCAAGAAACUGCGCAUUGGAGAAUAUAAACAGCUAAUGAGAUCUCGACGACAGGAGAUGAGGCAAUUUUUUACCGUAGGGCAACAGCCUCAGAUUCCGAUCGCUCCCGGAACAGGAGUGGUCUACCCUGGUGCUAUUACUAUGGCAACUACUACCCCAUCGCCUCAGAUGACAUCUGAUUGCUCCAGCACUUCUGCUAGUCCUGAGCCCAGCAUCCCUGUCAUUCAGAGCACUUACAGCAUGAAGACGGACAGUGGGAGCCUUGCUGGAAAUGAAAUGAUAAAUGGGGAAGACGAGAUGGAAAUGUAUGAGGACUUUGAGGAUGACCCCAAAUCAGACUAUAGCAGUGAAAAUGAAGCCCACGAGGCUGUCGCUGCCAACUGAGGAUGUUUGCUGAAUUACUCUGACUUUCUUUUGUUUUGUUUUGUUUUGAACAAAAAAGUUCUUAAAUGGGCCUGCAUGCAUGUAUGGCUCCUACAGUUACACCUGCAGAAUGGUCUUAAAUGUUUCUUAUUGUGUGACACAGAUUGUUCCCUAAUUUUCAUGAACUUUUUAAAAAAAUUUAGGUGAAGUCAUUAAGUAUCAGACAUUGGGACUUGAAAACUGAUAUGAAUCAAUUGUUCUCUUACAAGUCUUAUCUCUCUCUCUCUCUCUCUCUCUCUCUCUCUCUCUCUCUCUCUCUCUUUUUGGUCUAUUAUUUCCUCUUCCUGGAUGCUGAUAAAAAGGUUUAAGUUACUGUUUUAAUGGGGGUUUUACAUUCUCACUCAGGUAUGCUGUGCCAGCCUACAGAUUGUGAAUGUGUUUUUAUUGUGAAUUAUUUUAAAAAACAAAACAAAAAACCUGCAAAUUUCCUAUCAUGAAACAGAACAAGUCCUCAAGCAUGUACAUCUAUCUGUAUUAUUAGCUCAUCCCUUUUAAAAUAGGGUCUCUAAAUUCCCUUUUUUUCUCCAUAGAUAUAGCUGACCUUCUGAUGUGCCAAACUUUCCUAACUUCUGAAUCUUAAUAUUUAAAAAAAAAAGUCUUAAGGAAGACACUGUAAAGUCUUAGACAAUCCUUUGGCAUCUUAAAAACACUUAUAUAUCUUAAAAGAAAAAUCUACUUUUUUUUCCAGAAAAUUUAAAAUACUCAGGAAUCUGGAGACAGGAUAUUCCUUAAAAAGUGAAUUUGAUUGCUACAAUGCAUUUGCUCAGUUGCUUCUGCCUCUUGAUGUACCAUCAGUGUGAAAUAUAAGUAAGCACAACAGAGUGAUCACCAGCUACAGAUAGACCUGUCUUAGCAACAUAAGGCCACCUUCAAAUCAUUCUCUGUCCCUUUGCUUUGAAUUCUUAUAUUCAGUCUUAAUUACAUUUGGUCUUAAUGUAUUCAUUCCAGAAUGUCAGGGGGCCAUAUAGUAAAAAAUAUUUUCAAAUGUACUGUUGUAAUGGCAUUAUCGUUUGUUUGCCUUUUAUUUCUUCUAAACAGCCCUUUCCCCUAAAAGUGUGUGGUAUUUUAAAAAUAAUGAGGCACUUAAUAUUGGAAAGGAAUCAUUUUGUCUUUCUCUCUUUCUCUCUCUCUCUCUCUCUCUCUCUCUCUCUCUCUCUCACACACACACACACACACACA